AUGUCGCCUUCCGAGGCUUCGUCGACAUGGGACUUCACUCCUGUGAUUAACCUGCUCCACUCGUUCACGCCAGAACCCCAGAAGAAAGCGCUCCAAACAUGGCAAAGCCCUACGUUGAAAUCUCCUGACGCUUCCAAGGAUGGUGCUGGCUCGCGCGAGCAAGAGUGCACCGAUGACGCUGAAUGUAAGCUAGGCGAUUUCGGUGCGCUAUGGACCUUCCUCUCACGAAGUCGCCCCUCCGCCCUCGAUGCUAUCAGCGAACCCGCAGCACCAGAGGCUUCAGGCUCCCAUUCCAACGAGAAGCCAAACGCCACCGUGACUGACCCGCUCGAAGCUACUGUUGAAAGGCACACGGAACGAGAGGGCACGCAGGCGAAGAAGAUUCUACUGAGGAAAAGCCCGUUGCUGGAUAAUACCGGGUCAAACAGUGCAAAGGGUGCUAUUUUCGAGCGGCCGGUGAUUCAAAUACUGAAAAACCCAAAUUUAAAUCGAGCCCAGCAAUCUCCGUUUCCUGAGGCUGCUCCUCAAGAACCUUCAAAAAUCAAGCAACCGGUUGUCACCAAAACCACACCAUCAACGCCGCUUAAAGCGCGAAGCAAAUCACCCAAGAAAAAUACACCCAAAGUACUGCCUAGACUGACUGGCUCUUCGGCCGACAGGCGAGCUAAUCUAAUCGAGCUUCUCCGUGAGUGCCAUAACAACCAGAGACACCUUCUGGCCAAUCCCAACCUCUGCAACCCGGAAUUUAUAUCAUCGAAUAUCAGUUCAACCGGGAUCCAUAUCUUUAUUGACACAUCUAAUGUAAUGGUUGGAUUCCAUGAUUGCAUUAAAAUUGCUAGGAAUAUACCAACCACUGUCCGCGUUCCGCGUCUCCCGUUAUCGUUUCAUAAUUUCUCGCUUGUCCUCGAACGGGGCCGACAAGUCCACAAGCGUGUUCUUGUUGGAUCUGAUCGCUUUCCGGCUAUAGAUGAAGCUGAAAAACUCGGCUAUGAAACCAAUAUCUUGGUGAGGGUUCAGAAGGCGAAAGAAGCCAGCCCACGCAAGAAGAACGGGAAUGACGCUGCGGCCGCCAAAUCUUACGGCAAUACACAACAGGAUCAUUCCAGCGGUUCAGAAACAAAUUCUAGGCCUGUUCGAGAAAAGUGGGUGGAGCAGGCUGUAGAUGAAAUCUUGCAUCUUAAGAUCUUGGAAAGCAUUGUUGAUACGGAUCGUCCUUCGACCAUUGUCCUUGUAACAGGGGACGCGGCUGAAGCCGAAUAUUCCGAUGGAUUUAUGAAGAUGGUUGAGCGUGCUUUACAGAAAGGGUGGAGAGUCGAGCUGGUUAGUUUCAGCUGCACCAUAAGCCGCGCUUAUAGCCGAAAAGACUUUCGAUCCAAAUGGGGUUCGAAGUUCACGAUAAUCGAGCUGGACAAGUACGCAGAGCACUUGCUAGACAUGUGA